AUGCCAAGAGCAAUGCAACUAAUUCAACGGAGGAACAAAGCAAGGGCACAACUACAAGCCGUCCUCACACCGAUUGAAGAGCUAAUCACGCAGUACCCCGAUGCCAAUGACAAAAACGCUGCGUACCGGGAAAUACUCGCACGGAAAUUAGCUGUCAACAACCGGCUAUCAGCUUGCGUAGACGUUCUCCAUGAUGACGGUGAAGUACACAUUACAUUGUGCAAAGGUCAAGGCGGGACUCCAGCUGACAAACCGGCAAGACAUUGGCCGAACAGUUGGCAAGUGGUUGCCAUGGCAGCAUAUGCUGAUCUCAUCCUUACCAAAGCUAUACCAUUUGACAUCAGUGAUUACCCAGAAUACAGCAGUACAGGUUUUAGGAGUCAAGAUAAAUCAUUCUUCACGACAAACAGUCUGGUUCAUGUAUUUUUGAAAAGACUAGCUAUACCUACAGAACCAGUACAAAGGGAAUUUAUACAAGCAGUUAUCAACGGUCUGAAUAUGGAGUUUAACUGCCCCCCAUGCUUGGCUGAAUACAUUCACAGGUAG